AUGACACACACUCUCUCUCUCUCCCUACAUACAUACAUACAUAUAUAUAUAUAUAUAUAUAUAUAUAUAUAUAUAUAUAUAAUUCUGUGCCUAUCUAUCAUAUCUAUCUAUCUAUCUAUCUAUCUAUCUAUCUAUCUAUCUAUCUAUCUCAUUCUUUUCCUCUCUAUAUCAUUCUGUUUCUAUCUAUCUAUUUAUCUAUCUAUCUAUCUAUCUAUCUCUGUUCUCUCUUGCUCUCUCUCAAUAUAUAUAAUUAUGUUCCUAACUAUCUAUAUACCUAUAGAUCACGCUCUCUCUCUGUAUAUAUAUAUAUCUGUAUAUAUAUAUAUAUAUAUAUAUAUAUAUAUAUAUAAUAUCUUUUCUAUCUAUCUAUCUAUCUAUCUAUCUAUCUAUCUAUCUAUCUUAGUCUCUUCAUAUCUAUCUUGGCCUGUUCAUAAUAUCUAUCUAUCUAUCUAUCUAUCUAUCUAUCUAUCUAUCUUAGUCUCUUCAUAUCUAUCUUGUCCUGUUCAUAAUAUCUAUCUAUCUAUCUAUCUAUCUAUCUAUCUAUCUAUCUAUCUAUCUAUCUCAUUCUUUUCUUAUCUAUAUCAUUCUGUUUCUAUCUAUCUAUAUAUCUAUCUCUCAUUUCUCAUUAUUUGCCAAUCCGCUUUUCCUUUUCCCGCUAAUUUCUAUGACUUCUGUUUUAUUUUUUUUCAUUCUUUCCUUCAUCUCUUUUGGACUUUCCUUUCUCUUGCUUUAUGCUUCGUCAAUAUUCAUCUACCCAUUAACUUACAUCAAAUAGAAUAA